AUGUCCCGAAGAUAUGAUUGGGGAUAUGCCAGUCACAAUGGGCCAGAUCAAUGGCCUUAUUAUUUUCCAGCUGCUAAUGGAGACCGCCAAUCCCCUAUAGAAUUGCACACCAGGUAUAUUAAACAUGAUGGUAGCCUUCGACCCUGGACAGUUACCUACAACCCAUCAACUUCACUAACUAUCGUUAAUGAUGGAACCACUUGUAGGGUUGUUUUUGACGACACGACUGACAAAUCAGUACUAAAAGGUGGCCCUCUUACUGGGACUUACAGACUACGGCAUAUUCAGUUUCACUGGGGCUCUACUGACGACCAUGGAUCGGAACAUGUUAUAGAUGGCCUUAGAUAUGCAGGAGAGAUACAUUUUAUUCAUUGGAAUUCAAAGUAUGACAACAUUACAGAAGCGAAGAAGCAGCCUGAUGGAGUGGCAAUACUUGCAGUGUUUUUAAAGGUUGGAAAAGCUAAGCCUCAUUUGAAGUUAAUUCUGGAAGCAUUGGACUGCAUAAAGGCAAAGGGAAAGAAAGCCCAUUUCACGGACUUUGAUCCCACAGUUUUGUUUCCUACUUCACAUGAUUACUGGACGUACCAAGGGUCCUUUACCGCCCCCCCAUGUGAAGAGUGUGUCACCUGGCUGCUCCUGAGAGAACCGAUCACAGCUAGCACCGAACAGAUGGAAAAAUUCAGGGGCCUCUGUUCAAGCAUGGCGUGUGAACCAGCCUGUCACCUGGUGGACAACUUCCGCCCACCUCAGCCAUUGAAAGGGAGAGAAGUUAGAGCGUCCUUUGAUUAAGCUCGGUAUUGUGGGAAUCAUUGUGACGAUUACCCAAAAUGAAAUGAAAACAAAUUAUUUUGCAUGUAGCUAUGCACCCAGCCUAACUAAAUAGAUUGGGAAAGAAAACAAAUGGGUCUAGACACUAAAAGGAAAGUUGACAGGAGAGUUUACAGGAAAUUUGUGAUUUCCAUGCCAUAACUCCACUAUACAUUAUGAAGGGCUAACCAUAAAACCAUUCUUCUCAACCAUUAAAUUACACAUUAUACAGGGCCAACUCAGCCCUUCUUGCUGAGAAAUCUGCCAGUGCAGUUGAAACAUACACUCUUCAAAACUCUCCUGCCAUCCCUCCCUAUAGUGAAUAUACCGUAUACAGUCAGCCAUGUAUUUGCCCGCCCGCGUGCAUCCAAUUUAUUGUUUUAAAACUUAUGCAUUAGCUUCUUUUGUGCUUCAUUAUAGCUCUCAACUUUUGCUUGUGAAUAUUAUAAUUGAAUGCAAAAUAUUAUUCUGAGCAACAACAAGCAAGGAGUAAAAUCAAUCUCUGCUCCACUAAAAAAAAUUAUAAAUAAUGGAAUGAGAAAAUGUAUUUUCAUGCACUUGAGAAAGUUAUUGUUAAUGGAGACUUGACAUGCUUUAAUUAAUAUUAAAGUAUCGCUCACUGAGGGAAAUGUAUCGUAUGAAGAGGUGAUGUGUAAGUGAUGCCUUUGCUAGAUGUGUUUCAGGAUUUCAGUCUCGCUCCCUUCUAUAGUGUUACAUAAACAUCAGAAAAUCCUAAGAAAUCACAGCAGAAUUUCCUAGCACUUAGGUGCUUUAGUGUUUAGAACACACAUAUCUCCAA